AUGAACAUUUUACAGAUGAAUAUUGUUUCCGAAGUUAGAAAUACAUUUAAUAAUGUCACUAAAUACUUGCAAACCGUAUUGGUCACCGAAUCUCUUUCGGAGAGGGCCGAAAUUCAACGGCAACAACUUUUGAAAAAACUUUCCAACAGAGAAAUGUCACCGGCCAGAGCUCCGUACAUGGACAUGAAUGGACGUUCAAAAGGUCUGAUAAUGAAGUCUAACAGCUUCGCGUGCCUUCACCAGCAAGCGGCGUACGAGGAGCUGUGCGCGGGCCAGCCGAUCUACAACAACAUGCCGUACGAGGACGACCCGCUGGACAACUACGAGCCGUUCGGCGUGGGCAACGGGUACACGGGACCGCCGCGGCAUUUAAACGCGGCGAAACGUCACAGCGCGCCCGAUGGUGGCGGUGGCGGUGGCGCGUCGACCGCGGUCGGGUCGCCGUUGACCAAGUGCGCGCUGAACGGCAGCAGCCUGAGCAGCCGGUCGACGAGCGACUCGUCCGAGAGCUCGCGCAGCGGCGACGUGAUCUACGUGUCGGCGAACGCUGUCAAGUACUCGGCCAGCAAGUACGGCGCGCUGAUGAAACGCGAGAAGAUCCUGUUCGUGGAUCACACGAAGAAGUACUGGGCCGCGGUGCUGUCGUGCACCAUGUACGUGUACAACGGCGAGAAGGAACUGAAACCGUGCCUGGUCGUCAACCUUGAGGGCUACACGGCCAGGGACGCGGGCGCCAACAAUCGCACCAAGGACUGGACGUUCGAGGUCGUCUGCCCCGGAAAAAAGACCUAUCAGUUUAUAGCUCAAAACCAAAAUGACAUGCUCUCUUGGAUUGAAGCCAUUAACAAUUCGAGCAGUAAGCCAUCCACUCCGGAUAUUUUGCAUUCGCCGUCUCCUACUAUAUGUUUCAAACAGGAGCUGUUGCCUACCCGUGAAUUGCCAGUACCUCCCACCACAGACCACACGUCACUGGACAACUGUUACGACAAACCUAAUCCGGUUAUCAGAGCUGUCAAUCUGUACGAAAACGCACCGGACGAAUUAGACAUGGAGUCGAUUUACCACUUCAUCGACGAAUCGAAACAAGAAAAGGACAUGUUGCCAAAGAUCGAUAAACAAUUUUGGGAUGGCGACACGUCGUAUUACAAUAUACCCAAAAGCACACCAGUGCCGGUGCUAGUCAAGGAAGAUCGGAACAACAACGACUACGACGAUUAUUUCACCGAAAAAGAAACCAGCUACGACAUUAUAACGAACGACAGUUGCGAGAUGAAUGCUACCACUCCGGCGCUGGGCGUACAGCAGAUUAUACAAAAAAUCGAAGAGAUCAACAGUAAAAAGAUGUCGCCGUUCUUAAGACGAAAAUCGCAAUCGAAAAGCAACAGUCUGAUGAGAAACUCCACGCCGCCGGUGUACACUACCGAAGAUUAUUACGAGCCCGCGAGAGUGAUGAAAAACAUGUCCAACAAUGUUGUGGUUAGUUCCCAAUCUUUUCGGAAAUGCCGUUGAUGCGUACGCAUUCUUGUUUAGAGAACGGAUACAAUUGGUUUGAUUUUCUACCAGGCUUGUGGACACACGACAACGUCCAUUGGAUAUUGUGUAAUAUUUACAUAAUAACUAUGCAUUUAAAAACAUAACUACGGCGUGAUUUAUAGUAAACUAUUAUCGCGUUGCGCUAAUGAUGUAAAAAGACGCUCAAAAGAUUUUUGAAAUCGUAUAUAAUUUUAAUAUUGUUGUAUCUAACUAAUUGCCUCAUAUUCUGACAAAUCUGCUUACCGGUAGAGAUCCUGUGUAAAAAUUUGAAUAUUAUUGGGAGUUAGAAUACCUACCUAUGAUUAUAAAUUAUUGUACAUUUUUAUUAACCACCAAAAAAAUAGGAAAGCUACUUUUAUGUUUCUAGUCUGUAGGAUGUAAACGAUUUUUAUUUUGUUAAUUAUGAUUUUUCUUUAUAUAUAUAUUAUUAUUAUUAUUUGACAGCAUUUAGGCUGAAAUUAUUACCGUGUAAUGUGAAAUACUGAAUUAUUAUUAACUUCUAUACUUUUUUUUUAUAUAUAUAAAUAAGUAUACAUACAAAUAAACCAACACAUUCCGUAUUU